AGGAGGCGGUACACGAGGAUCAGCUCAAGAUUUGGGACCCACUAGAGCAGCGGGUAGCCGACUGGAAAGCUAGGUGCCAGUGUUCCGGACAUCGAUCACCUGAACAUAACAAGAAUGCAAUUUUGUAUCGUGCUUUAAUGCUUAUGUUGCACCUGGAAAGCAAGAAAGCCACCCUUCAGUACUUCUUCAUUGCAAAGUUGUGUUUGGGGCUGGUCGUUGUUGCAAUGUUACGCAGGAAGACGAGUGGAACUGGAAAUUGUUUGGAAAAUACUGGCGUUCUGUUAUUUUCUGCGGACUAAUAUGGAGAGCAUUGAGGAUUUUCCAAACAUGCAAAUUAAAACGCAUGAAGUCAAUGUCGGGAGAAAGUAACAAGAUACUUAACGCUGGAGGGGAACCUUUUUGAAGGCAGUUUUGCAGCAUCCUCUGUCCUCGCAGUAAAGCGUGUACAGUAAAUUGUGUUUGGAGCACCGUUUGGACUCGAUAGUGUACUCGCUGUGUCCAUUUCGAAUUAAGAAAGAUAUGCGUGACGCACUUCACGUUAUAUGGCUGACAUGAGAAACGCGACAAGGCCCGACACCCCAGGCCCGGGAGCAACUGCAACGCCCGAUACCAGAACAGCUACUACUGAUGGCAAACAGAUCCCCAGUACAAGAUAAUGAAACGCCAGCAGUCUGCGAGCGCGGGUAGGCAGUCCUCCAUCGGCAAGUCCAGCUGGGCGCACAUGGAAAUAUCUGCAUGCAUCUCACUCCACCCAAACUGAAUUUUGCUGAAGAGUUUGAGGGGACCUAAAGAUUACAAAAAUGUGAAACUUCACCCCCAUCCAUCAUUUAUGCUGGUUUUUUGUAACCUCCACCAGGUUGUAUUUUGUUUUAUUUGAGGAGGGGACAAAUACCAUCUUAGACAGUUGGAACUUUGCAAUGGAUCGAAACAAAAGGAACUCAAUUGCAGGAUUCCCUCCUUCUAGGCCAGAUUGGUUUGAGGAUCUUGAUGGUGGAGGUGUAACAGACAGUGCUAGCUCACAAGUGGGCCGGGUUUGCACCUCUUCUUACAGGGCCCUCAUUAGUGCAUUUUCUCGACUAACACGUCUGGAUGAUUUCUUCUGUGAAAAGAUUGGGAGUGGCUUCUUCUCUGACGUGUAUAAGGUUCGCCAUCGAACAUCUGGCCAAGUAAUGGCACUUAAGAUGAAUACACUCAGCAGCAACAGGGCCAACAUGCUAAGGGAAGUACAGCUUAUGAACAGGCUUUCACAUCCUAACAUCCUCAGGUUUAUGGGUGUUUGUGUACAUGAAGGCCAACUGCAUGCUUUGACAGAGUAUAUUAACGGUGGUAACUUGGAACAGUUAUUGGACAGCAACAUGCACCUUAGCUGGACUAUUAGAGUCAAAUUAGCAUAUGAUAUUGCAUUGGGCCUAAGCUAUCUGCACUCGAAAGGAAUCUUUCACAGAGAUCUAACAUCAAAGAACUGUUUGAUAAAUUGUGAUGAGAACAGUUACUCUGCAGUUGUUGGAGAUUUCGGCCUUGCAGAGAAAAUCCCUGACUACAGUGUUGAUGGAGAGAAGUUGGCUGUUGUGGGAUCCCCGUACUGGAUGGCACCUGAAGUCCUCCGAGAUGAACCAUACAAUGAAAAAGCAGAUGUUUUCUCUUAUGGUAUCAUCCUUUGUGAGAUUAUAGCUCGGAUUCAGGCUGACCCAGAUUAUCUGCCACGGACAGAGAACUUUGGCCUAGAUUAUCGUGCCUUUCAGCACAUGGUUGGAGACUGCCCACCUGACUUUCUCCAGUUGGCAUUUAACUGUUGUAAUAUGGACCCAAAACUCCGUCCAUCCUUUCCAGAAAUUGUGAAAAUUUUGGAGGAGGUCCUUUGUCAUCUUAAAAGUGAAGACUUAGAGAAAGAAAGGCUUCAUCUCAGUGCAGACAGCAUAGACAGAAAACUCAUUCCUAAAGGUCUUUGUGAAAAGAUCCCAGGAAUGAAACGGUUAAACCCAUUGGGUCUUCAAGAUGAUAAAAUCCCUCCUAAGUCUCCAAGACCGAGGAGAAGCAUAUGGCUUUCGAGAAGCCAAUCGGACAUUUUUUCCAGGAAGCCUGGCCACAAGAUCAAUGUCCAUGAUCCCUACUACAACCCUACGAGAGGUGGAAUUGCUGGACGAAAGAUCAAUCCUUUCAAUGCACGUGAGGAUCUCAAGGGUGGUAAGGUUAAAUUUUUUGAUCUGCCAAGCAAGUCCGUCAUCUCACUGGUCUUUGACUUAAACUCUCCUCAGAGUGGAGUGGUUUCUUCCCAGCCUCAGUUUCGACAUGCCAGUGUUGUGACCGGAACCAGUGGAGGAUUUGAUUGUUGGCAGGAUGCUUCUCAGCUUCCUGGACGUCGAUGCCGCUCUCUUCCUGUCUCACCCGAGCUUCCCCUGAAAGACUUCUUUGGUCAGGGAGGUUGGUCCAGCAGUUCUAGUAAACGGGAUGCUAUGCAGUUUAAUAAUGACACACGACAGAAGGCACAAAGUAUUACUAGAAAAUAUUCAGUAAUUGAAAUUCCACCUUUUCGUCCUAAAGUAAAGCCAAAUGAGGAUGAAGAUAACGAUGAUGAUGAUGAUGAGGAGGAGGUGGUGGUGGCACGCAGGUGGUCUCUUAAGCCGCAUCUGUCGGCUUCUUUUCCUUCCCUUGAUUGUGUAAAUGAAGCAAUGGAUUGUACUGAAAGUCAGUGGUUGCUGGAUGAUGCAGCAAAUGAUGCUGAAGUAUUCAGUGCUACCACUGAUGAAUCGAGUGCUUUUACAGAUUUUGAAAAUCCUGAAAACAGGGUGAACAGUAACCUUGUUUCCAUUUAUGAAGACAUGGAGGCACAGAAUGAAGAGGACAUGUUGAGUGACGCGUCCGCUGUUGUUGUCUCCGAGCCUUUUGAUCCAGCAAUAGCCACCACUCUUGAGACGGAGUUGACAACAACAGCCAGCACAGUUAAGCCAUCCUUCAGCCUCAGCAUUUCUGUGGAGGCUAAAAAUGACUGCGAUCCUUUUCCGUCUACCGAGGAAGGCUACGGUCCCAUUGUCUUGGCGCCCUGUGUGACUUCAGGACAUCGGGACAUUCAGUCGAAAUGUGACAUCUGAAGAAUGAGCUUAAGGCUUUUGAUUCUCCUACAGCCAUCACAGCUUAAGAAAGGAAAAAAAAAAAAGUUGCUUCCAACUUGCUUAACACGUAUUUUUUUAAUUUAACCAUUGGAAUUAUAAAUAUUUAAUAUAUACUGUAAAAAUGUUUUGAAGUAUCGUUUCCUGGCUUAGAGGUCAAACUUAAUACAGCAUUCAUAAUUUAUAAAUAAAUCUAGAAUGACAGAGGUUUAUAUAUUUCCAUGAACACUGAGCCCAUGCAGGCUAAUGUGUAGUCACAUUGGUGGUCUUUGGCUCAGACUGUGCUUACUUUUGGAAUGCACCGAAACACUUUAUAGUGCCAUGUUUGUGCCACAGCUCUAAUUUAAUAAAUCUUAAUGUUGAUGGGGGGGGUCUAAGACUGGUGACAGCUGUGUGCAUACUUUAAUGAAUUUGGUUUUAGUCAGGCCUCUUGUGAUGAUCCAUCUCCACAUUUGAUAGGUUCCAUGUGCUCUCUGGCCUAGUGUUCCAUUUGAUCGCCAUCUUCCAUUUUGUUAUUUUUAAGUUCCUCUUUUAGGAAAAAUAGUGUUGAUUUCAUUUGUAUAUUUUUCCCCAUCAUUAAUCAGGUUUUUAUUUUAUUUUUUUUAAUAGUUUUGCCUCUGAACGUUGUAAGCUGUUCUUGUGAUUUCUAGCCUGUUGUGUUUCAUUUGGUGCCCCUGCAGUAUCGCGUCACUGUAGAGAGGUAAUUACAGUCAGUAUUUCGUCAGGGUGCUACUUUUUUGCCAGUGAAAUCUUUUUUGAAUGCCCUGAAGGAUGUACUUGAGUGAUUUCUAAUGAUAUGAGUGUGGGUGGAAUAACAUGAUCAUGCUGCACUAUUCUGCUUCAAAGUAUUUUGAUUAUUUUUUUCCUAUUAAAGCAAACAAGUGUCAUACAUAUUAGCACAGCAAACCUGGGAAAUUUGACAUUUGCCAUAUGCUUAUUAAAAAAAAAAAAAAAAGCUGUUGAAAUCAUUCCUUCUCUUCAGUGAGACGUCACAAAUGUCGGGUUUGCAGGCACGGAAUGCACAAGUGGUCUUUGAUCGGCCAGCAUGCCACCGGCACAUAGCGGAUCGCUGUUUCUGGACUCUGGUCAUGUGCAAUGUUAUUUCAGAAACUUUCACUACUAAUCUUUUGCACAUGACUUUACUUCUCGUCUUUAACUCAAAGAACACAUUUAUAUGUUGAUGGGUUUUAUACUCGUUUUUAUACUCGGUCUUUCUCUAAAUCCAUACAAGUCUGAUACAGAAUUUUCCUGCUGUCUGAUUAAAGUUGCACGCUGAUGACCCUAAAUAUGCAUUCAUCUAAAUCAAACGCUAUUCUGUAUUUGAGCAGUAUUUCAAACAUUUCAUAUUACGACGACGGAAUUCAUUAUUAUAACCACUGAGGCUGUCUGAAGGACUUUACUGGGAAUCGACUAGCACUCCGUAUUAUUGAAGUUAAUUGCAGGUUUCCCAUCAACAGUGUUAGUUUUAGGCUUCAGUUAUUGCCAAGCUUUUAUUUCUGGCUGACUUGGAUUGCAAAAAGAAACAUUCAUUUAAAAGACGUACAAGUGCAAUUGCAGAAAAAGGGGCAACACUGACACGAUGGCCAUUACGGUAACCACCAACAUUGUGAAUUAGCAACACAAAUGAAAGGAAUCCUGGUGUGCAGCCUCCUGUGCCUCCUUGGCGUAUUGUGAGCCCACCUUUUACGUAGAGAAUUUGAAAAGCCAAACACGGUCUUACUGAUGCCAGUCAGGACGUAAUCUUACAAGACCCGCUUUCAUCUUUUUUUUAUUAACACGUUCAUCAUCAUCUUCUGUCUGGUGUCCAUAUCGAUGUGCUUUAAUAUCGGAAUUGGAUGUAAUCGUUUGAUGUGGAUGUUAACACUAAUAAGUGUCACCAGUGACAGACGGACUAGUCUUCUCCUUUACUGGUUUCUCAGAUUGUUUUAGGUUAUUUAACAAUUGACAUCCUAGUAGCACAAUCGGAACCUGACCAGGUUUCAUUUCUCCAGUAAUUCCUUGUAAUCGGGUGGGUCGUUGUUAGCUGUGAGUAGGCGGCUGUCCUCCAGAGCGGGUGGUGAUGCGCACAGCGCUGGGCGCACAGUUUCGUGCCAAUAUGCAGUGCAUGCUCAGCCUCUCCAAAAACUACUAAUAAAAACAUAACACAAACAAAAUGGCCAAUCAGACGGCAGCCGCCACACUUGAAUCUCUCGUUUAUUGACAAGCAGCUUUACUGUCACUACAUUUCUAUGCAAUAAAAAAAAACAGCAAAGGUUUGAUUGGUUAUUUAUGAAGGAAUUUCUGUCUUAAUUUUUUUGUAUAUAGCUUUUAGAUAACGUUGAUGUUGCUUGUUUUUGUAAACUGUUAAUAAA